AUGGUCGAUGUAGGAAGGGCGUCCGGCUUCCGAUUCCUCUCCGGCGACCAUUCUCCUCGCGUGCCUCCUCCUUCUCCGCCGGACGACGGCGCUCCGUCGUCCUCCUCGCUGUUGCCGGAGGUAAGCACUAAGCGGAACCACCUUGGGAAGGCCCACAUUCUCGAUGCCUUUGUGAAUUACGUAUACCAAGUUGCUAGGCAUACUUCUUUCAUAGUUAAAAACAAGCGCUUGGAUUGUGGUCUCAUUGCUCAUGCAAAGCAGAUGAAGCUGAUUUUGCAGUAUGGUGUUGGACUGGAAGGUGUUGAUGUUGAGGCUGCUUCCAGACAUGGAAUUAAAGUUGCAAGAAUUCCAGGAAAUGUGACAGGGAACUCUGUAUCAUGUGCUGAACAUGCAAUAUAUCUGAUGUUAGGCCUUUUAAGGAGACAAAAAGAAAUGGAAUCCGCAGUCCCAAAGCUAUUGGGACUGCCAGUCGGGGAAACACUUUUUGGUAAAACGGUCCUCAUUCUUGGGUAUGGUAAUAUUGGUGUUGAUCUUGCAUCAAGUUUACGAGCAGUUGGUGUCAAAAUUCUGGCAACAAAAUGUAAUUCACUCAGUUCCACCAGCAGCUAUGUGGAUAAGAAGGGGGUGCUGGAGAACCUUUAUCAAUUUGCUGGCGAUGCUGACAUAGUUUCUGUUUGCAUGGCACUAAACGAUAAAAUGGUUGGUAUUGUGGACAAGAAAUUUCUCUCAUCAAUGAAAAGGGGUGCUAUUCUGGUCAAUGUUGCUCGUGGUGGUCUCCUAGACUAUGAAGCUGUUAAAUCCUCUCUUGAAUCUGGACAUUUGGGUGGUCUGGGAAUUGACGUUGCAUAGACUGAGCCAUUUGAUCCAGAUGAUCCAAUUCUUAAGCACCCUAAUGUGCUGAUCACACCUCAUAUUUCUGGAGUUACUGAAUAUUCCUACAGAUCUAUGGCAAAGGUUUGA